GGCGCGGGUGGGCGAUGGAGGAGGUCAGCCUCGGAUCUGAGGUCAGCGCGCUCCUCCUGGGUGCUCUGGGCCGGCCGCCUCCGCAGGGGCCGGGCCUGGCAAGCCGGGCCGCUUUCGUUUUCUCUUUCCCCUAAACCGCCUGCUUCUGGGCAGCGCCGCUGGCUCGGCCGGCUCCCGGGACUUUUCGAGGCCCCGCCCCGGCCCCUCCCCGCGGCGGUCCCGGCUCCGGCCCGGGGCUCGGACUCCGACAGCACCCCGUCGGGGACAGCGAGAGCCGGGACCGCGCGCGCCCAUGGCCUGCCCGGGGUCCCCCGCUCCCGGCGGCCGUCCGCGCCUCCCCCGCGCCGCCGUCGCGUGGCUGGGGACGGCGCUGCUGCUCCUCGCCGACUGGAUGCUGCUCCGGCCGGCGCUGCCCCGAGUGGCAUCGCGUCUGGUGCCCCCUGCGCUGCCGCUGCUCCGGGUCUGGGUGGCCGGUCUGAGCCGCUGGGCGCUGCUGUGGCUGGGGGCCCGCGGCGUCGUCGGGGCCGCGCUGGGCUUCCGGAGGGAAAGCACGCGAGUCCCGGGGUGGCUGGCUGUUUUAGAGCCGCUGGCGGCGGCGCUGGGCUUGGCCCUGCCGGGACUCGCCUUGUUCCGAGAGCUGGUCUCCUGGCCAGCCCCCGGGGACGCGGACAGCGCCGGGCCCCUGCACUGGGGAAGUCGCCUGGACGCCUUCGCUCUCAGCUAUGGGGCGGCACUGCCCGCGGCCACCCUGUGGUAUAAGAUCAGGAGUCUCUGGGUGCAAGGAACUCGAGGGGCUUUUGGCCUGGCGGUGAGUCGGCUUCUAGUCUUCCUGGGUCCGGAGAAAAGCCACGUGCAGCUCAUUCUGGCCCUGGUGUUCCUCUCCUGUUUGGGGGAGAUGGCCAUUCCGUUCUUCACUGGCCGGCUCACCGACUGGAUUGUACAGGAUGAGACAGGCACUGCCUUCACUCGGAACGUAACUCUGAUGUCGGUCCUCACCAUAGCCAGCGCAGUGCUGGAGUUCACGGCUGAUGGAAUCUACAACAGCACCAUGGGCCGCAUGCACAGCCACCUGCAGGGAGAGGUGUUUCAGGCUGUCCUGCGCCAGGAGACAGAGUUUUUUCAAAAGAACCAAACAGGUGAAAUCACAUCUCGGGUCACAGAUGACACGUCCACCGUGAGUGAGUCUCUGAGCUCGGAUCUCAGCCUGUUCCUGUGGUACUUCAUGCGGGGCCUGUGUCUCCUGGGACUCAUGCUCUGGGCAUCCCCGCCCCUCACUGUGGUCACCCUGAUCGCCCUGCCCCUGCUUUUCAUUCUGCCUGAGAAGCUGGGGAAAUGGCACAAGGUGCUGGCAAAGCAGAUGCAAGAAUCUUUGGCAAAGUCCAGCCAGGUGGCCAUCGAGGUGCUGUCAGCCAUGCCUACAGUUCGGAGCUUUGCCAACGAAGAGGGUGAGGCUCAGAAGUUCAGGCAAAAGCUGCAUGAGAUGAUGGUGCUCAGCCGGAAGGAGGCCCUGGCCUACGCGCUCGACCACUGGACCAGCACUUUCUCAGGGAUGCUGCUGAAGGUGGGAAUCCUGUAUUUUGGUGGGCAGCUGGUGACAAGUGGGUCUGUCAGCAGCGGGCGUCUGGUCACCUUUAUUCUGUAUGAGAUCCAGUUCACCAUGGCUGUUCAGGUGCUGCUGUCCUGCUAUCCCAGGGUGCAGAAGGCUGUGGGAUCUUCAGAGAAAAUAUUUGAAUACCUGGACCGGGUCCCUAACUGCCCAAAGAGUGGAUCAUUGGCUUCCUUAACGUUGCGUGGCCUCGUCCAGUUCCAGGGUGUCUCCUUUGCCUACCCAAACCGUCCAGAUGCCCCUGUGCUUCAGGGGCUGACCUUCACCCUUCGUCCCGGGGAGGUGACGGCGCUGGUGGGGCCCAAUGGGUCUGGGAAGAGCACAGUGGCCGUGCUGCUGCAGAACCUGUACCAGCCCACCGAGGGCCAGGUGCUGCUGGAUGGGGCGCCCCUUCCCGAAUAUGAGCACCGCUACCUGCACAGACAGGUGGCUGCUGUGGGACAAGAGCCUCUGCUGUUUGGAAGAAGCUUUAAAGAAAAUAUUGCCUAUGGCCUGGUCCAGGAGCCGACCAUGGAGGAAAUCACAGCUGCGGCAGUGGAGUCUGGAGCCCAUGGUUUUAUCUCUGAGCUCCCUGAAGGUUACGACACAGAGGUGGGUGAGGCUGGGAGCCAGCUGUCAGGGGGUCAGCGACAGGCAGUGGCCUUGGCUCGAGCCCUGAUCCGGAAACCACGCGUACUCAUUCUGGAUGAUGCUACCAGCGCCCUGGAUGCAAACAGCCAAUCCCUGGUGGAGCAGCUGCUCUAUGAAAGCCCUGAGCGGGGCUCCCGGUCAGUGCUGUUCAUCACCCAGCGCCUCAGUUCGGUGGAGCAGGCUGACCACAUCCUCUUUCUGGAAGGAGGCAUGAUCAUUGAGGCAGGAACCCACCGGCAGCUCAUGACGAAUAAAGGACGCUAUUGGGCCAUGCUGCAGGCUCCUGGCGGGCCAGGUGCUCCAGAAUGAAACACUCCUCAGACCUGCAGACUCUGUCUCCCUCCCUCCCUCUCUAUAGUGGAGAGUUUGAGAACAGAGGUCUUACUGCAUCAUGGGUAGCUGCUUCUGAAACAUAACCCCCUAGGUGAUGCCUGAAAUUUUGCCAUGAGUGUUACCUGCUCUCCAAGCUCCUCUUGGUAAUGGAGAUUUCAGGGUUGAAAACAGGGGUGCUAACUCCUUGUGUAACUGGGUUUGGAGCCAGGGUUGCUGUGGCUAGCACCCAGACAAUGAAGAGAAAUAUUUAGAAUACACAGAAAGGGAAGGUUGGCUUCUUUCCAGUCUGACCCCAGGCAGAUGCUGGCCCAUAGAUACAUUGUAGUUUCUUGAUAUUUAUAAUAAAAUUGGUGUUUUGUACCCUG